AUGAGUUCCUCUACCAAGCAACAAGUUACCUCUCUCACCCGGUCCCUCUCCUCCAUCGAAACGCAAUUGAAAAAGAUGCUUUUGGUCGUUGAAAAUUUCGAUGUGGCGACCGGUGAAAAAAUUCGCUUGGAAGACAUUCUUGAAUCUUCUAUUGAACUCUACGACAAUUUUCGGUCCGAUCAAUUGAAACUUUUUGGUCUAGUUAAAGAAGAAGAAGUGCCAGAUAUUGAGAUGCAAGGUGAAACCAUCCACGAUAUUGUUCGUGAAGUGCAAAUUCAAGUUAAGAAGAAGCUUUUGCACUAUAAAGAAGAUGAAAAAAAGCCACUUAUUGUUCCUUCUUCUUCCGAAACCCCCAAUAAAAGCACAAUAAAAUUGCCUGAAAUUCCCCUUCCACUUUUCGACGGUAAUUGCGAGAACUGGCUUUACUUCAAGGAUCAGUUCACCAGUUUGAUUAAACGCAACGAUCAUUUAAACGAUUUUCAAAGGCUGUACUAUCUCCGUUCGUCCCUCCGCGAUGAGGCGCGUGCCAUUGAAUCAAAAGAAGAGUCCUUUCAAUCCCUUUGGAAAGCCCUGAUGGAUCGCUACCAAAACGAAAAAUUGUUAGUCGAAAAACAUAUCUCUGAAUUAUUCCGCAUCAGAUCGAUUGAUUACGAAUCCUCCUUGGCACUGCGCGAGCUUUUGAAUGGAGUGCUGAAGCAUAUUCGAGCCCUUGCUGCUUUAGGCUUCUCCCUUGAUAAAACGUCGGAUGUCUUUUUGGUUCACCUGGUAACCAGUCGUUUGGAUCGUGAAACUCGUAAGGCCUUUGAGAUGCAACAAACAGACUCGACUUACCCCAGCUGGACAGCUUUAAUUACAUUCCUCCAAGACAGGUGCAGAAUUUUGGAAAGUCUUGAGUGUGGAAAGGCGUCAGCUGGUGAAAGAAAUCCUCGUCCCCAAGUCUCGCAAGCUCAAAGGUUGCGGCAUACAUCUCGUGGUCCUGUGUCAAAUGCUGCUAUGAGCCUAGAACCAAAGCGGAACAAAUGUUUUCUCUGCAGUGGAAGUCAUUUUUUGAGCGAAUGGUUCAAGUUUCGAGGCUUUUCCGUCCCUGAACGUAUACGCAAGGUGAAAGAACUUCGUUUGUGCAUCAACUGUCUGAGAAAUAAGCAUUUUUUGGCAGACUGCCCUAGCUCCUCUUGUCGGCGAUGCUCGGACAGACAUCACACAUUGCUGCACCUUGAAUUCUCCCAACCGAAACCCGAUAUGAAAUAUGAUUCCAACUCUCGUGGUCGCGAUAAUCAGCCGAAACCUCCUAAUCCUGAUGGUCAAAAUUACCGGUCUGCCCCAACCUCGUCUGGUCAAACAAAUCGUUCAGUUCAGAGUACCCAGAACUCGUCGUCCAACCCCUCAUUGACUCAUGCAACCGUGACAUCCAAACAGGUUUUGCUUUACACUGCAACCGUCGUGAUUGAAAAUUCUUACGGCGAACGGUUUGACUGUCGUGCCUUGUUAGAUGGUGCAUCUAUGGCCAACAUCAUCACUAAAGACUGCGCCAAAAAGCUGAGCUUGAAGUCUAGAUCAACUAACAUGGAACUAAGUGGAGUGUGUCACCAACAUUCAAAAAUUCGUCGUAUUGUGCGAGCCUUUGUUAUGUCCAGGCACUGUGACUACGCAACAUUUAUCGAGUUCCUUGAAGCAGACAACGUCACUGCGAAUCUUCCUCUACAACCCUUUGAAACGUCUUCUUGGAAAUUACCUGACGGUGUGAUUCCCUCUGACCCCUCUUUCAACAUACCAGGGCGAAUCGACAUGCUUCUCGGUAUGGAAUUGUACUGGGAAAUAUUUUCUGGAAGGCAAGAGUUUAUGGACGGAAAGUUUUCGUUCCAUGAAACCAAGUUCGGCUGGGUAGUUGGUGGAAUAAUUGAGCGACAGGGCGAGUUCACCGAAACUGAUGAUUGUUUCUGCAACGUUAUGACAAAUGAAGAGUUGCAUGAAAAACUUAAAAGAUUUUGGGAAGUUGAGGAACUCCAACCAUCAGAAGCAGUCUCUGAGGAAGCAUUAGGCGAAACUCAUUUUUGUGACACGGUCGAAAGAACAGCUGAUGCUCACCAAAGAUUUCUUGCUAUGGAAUAUCGCCUUCUCAAGAACCCCACAUUGUAUGAUGACUACAAAGCGUUUAUGGCCGAAUAUUUAUCCAUGGGCCAUAUGAUAAAAAUCGGAACUAUCGAUACAGUGGUUGACGGUCCAGACCAGUACUUCCUUCCCCACCACCCUGUCCUCCGACCAUCUAGUAGCACCACCAAAUUACGUGUCGUUUUCAAUGCGUCCUCAAAAACUGCGAACGGUCAGUCACUGAAUGAUAAUCUUUUGGUCGGCCCAACCAUUCAACAGAAUUCGGCAGAUAUUAUUUUGAGGUUUCGAAAACAUCGAGUCGCUAUGUCAGCUGAUAUUUCAAAAAUGUACCAAAUGAUAAAGAUGCACCAAGAUGAUCAACGGUUUCAAAAAAUUCUGUGGCGAUCGAGUCCUGAUAGUGAAAUAUCUGUGUAUCAGUUGACAACCCUCACGUACGGCACGGCCUGUGCUCCCUUCAGCGCUACUAGAUGUCUUCUACAACUCUGCCAAGACGAGAAAGAUCGUUUUCCUUAUGCUGCGGCUCGUGGUACUACUGACUUCUACAUGGACGAUGCAUUGACCGGUGCGGACAGCACAGACGAAGCAAGGACUCUACAAACUGAACUAAUCGAAAUGUGUUGUUCCGGAGGGAUGGUUCUGCAUAAAUGGUGCUCCAACGAUAGCACAAUCCUGGAUGCUGUUCCCAGCGAACAUCAAGAACAAAAGGUAAUUUUCUCGAACGACAAAUCAACAAAGACACUUGGGCUAACCUGGCAGCCUAACACUGAUCUCUUUGUCCUUGAUUUCUCAUCCAUCGAAUUCAAGACUUGCGGAUGUACGAAGCGUGAAAUUCUGUCAGACGUGGCAAAGCUGUAUGACCCGAUCGGACUGAUCGGCCCUGUGAUUCUGACAGCCAAGUUGAUUGUUCAGGAGGCAUGGAAAAGCGGAUAUGGCUGGGACGACGUUGUAGACGAAGGGUUGAAAAACAAGUGGCUAAAAUUUCGCUCUCAAAUCCAACAAGUAGACCAAAUCAAAGUCCCAAGGUGUGUGCUCCCUAACAACCAAUUGAAGUCCAUCGAACUACAUGGCUUCUCCGACGCUUCGAAAUCAGGCUACGGAGCCUGCGCGUACGUAAGAUCGGUCGAUUGCGAAGAUAAAGUGUCGGUUCAGCUCCUUUGCUCAAAAUCGCGUAUAGCUCCAAUUAGUAAAACAGAGGAGGAACAGUUAACUAUUCCAAGACUCGAGUUAUGCGGCGCUCAUGUUUUAGCUCAAAUCAUUGAAAAUGUGAAACGAUCCUUUGAAAUUACCUUUGACCAAAUAAUUCUUUGGAGUGAUUCCAUGGUAGUAUUAACUUGGAUCCGAACACCAUCUACUAAGCUCAAAACAUAUGUUUCUAACCGAGUAGAUUACAUCCAAAAAACGACCAGUCCAGCUUUGUGGCAGCACAUUGGCACGAAGGAGAACCCAGCCGAUGCCCUGUCACGAGGACUCAUGCCGAACGAGAUUGUUGACUUCGAUAAAUGGUGGCACGGGCCGUGCUUCCUGCAGAACAUCGAGGCAACAUGGUUAUCUGACGACAAGCCAAACAUCGAAAUCGAGGACAUCCCAGAACUGAAGGCACUGGUAAGCGUGGUCAACGAGCGGUUCAGCAUCUUCGAAAAUAUUGGCAGCUUCGAAUCGAUGCUACGCACGAUGGUCCAGAUGCUGCGAUUCAUCAGAAAAAAGCCGAAACAACCCUGCACAUUUCGGACGAAUGUGUAUCACGUGCUGGAACUCAACGAUGCUUUGGUAAAAUUGGUGAAGCUAGUUCAAGAAGAAGUCGACGGUGCUGGCGCGGAUCGAGGGGGCCCUCAACUCGCGUCCAUUGUGUCCUCAAUCAACCGAUCCGGGUGA